AUGGCUGAUAGCGGACCCUUUGUAGCAAAGCCGGCUAGGGGUUGGCUUCACCCCGAUUCCGUUUUGGCCAGCGAUGGUAUAACAUACGCAGUGCGGUACAUAGGGUGUAUGGAGGUGUUAACGUCGAUGAAGAAAUUAGACUUCGAAACUCGCUCUCAAGUAGCCAAAGAAUGUAUUGCUAGAGUAUGUGCAGCUGCAGGAUUAAGGUCAGCUGAUAAAAAACGUCGCAUUAGUCAGGCAGCAUCUUGUGCUCUUGCUGCAAAGCCUCGAAUGGCACAUUCAGGUUCAAAUGUUGCGUUAACUGUAUCUUCAAGAGCAAUCACAUUAGCCGCCCUAGAGGGAGGUGAAACUAUUGCCCGACAUGAUAUGCCUCGAGUUUCAUUUGCCUCUGGUGGUGAUCAAGACUCACUAGACUUUGUAGCAUAUGUGGCUAAAUCUGUACCCCCCACUGAGUGGCGUGCUUGUUAUGUACUGGAGUGUGGAGGUAGGCUGGCUCAGGAUGUCAUAGCUACUAUAGGACAAGCAUUUGAGUUGCGCUUUAAGGAGUUCCUUACAAAGCCUACUUCGUUGAAUAUAAAUGGUUCGUCUCACGCGGCCUCAGCAGAGGCUCCUCUAGAAGAUCGUGAGUACUACAAUGACAUGCCGGACAAAAUCCCACCGGAGGCGGCGCCGCCUGCCGCGCCCAUCUCUCACCAUCGACAUCCACCACCGCCGCCAUUGGCUUCUCUACCACCUAUAUCUUCUUGUGAGGAGAGUGUCCGUCAGUACGUGAACCAGACGCCCCCACCCCGCACACCCCCCACCGCAUUGCUACCCAAUCAUCAUACAGACAUAUUUGAUAUGCAGCCCUUCACAGCAGCCCCUUUGACGUCAUCGUCGACAUCUCCCGGGACUUCCCCGGCGGGGGCAGAGGCUGAGCCUCUAGGGCCGAGCGCACAGGCUGCUCUACUCGCUAGGGAACCGUGGUUCCAUGGGGCUAUCUCAAGGAGUGCUGCCGAAAAGUUGGUGGUGGAAGAUGGCGAAUUCCUAGUGCGAGAGUCGAGCGCGUGCCCCGGUCAGUUCGUCUUAACGGGCUCUCGUCGCGGACAUCACAAACAUUUGCUGCUUGUCGAUCCUAAUGGAGUGGUUCGAACGAAGGACCGAGUUUUCGAGAGCGUGCCUCACCUCAUCAAAUACCACUGUACCAACGAGCUGCCAAUUGUGUCUGCUGACUCUGCACUUUUGCUUCGGAAACCUGUUAUGAGAUCCUGA